AGUGGCAUUUCCCUCCAGUCGGCCUGUGAGAGUGAACACCACCGUCGCAUGUGUAAACUUUAUUCUCUGUGAAUGAAAACAUCAUAAGGUCGCAGCCAUGGAGUGUCUCAAAGACUGCUGCAAGAACUUCAUGAAGAAGAAGGAGAGGGAGCAAGAGACUCAAGUGAUCGCUCUGAAGAUGCCUCCUAACAAGGCAGCAGCAUCAGGUUGGGAGCCGGAAGGUAGGAGGGGGGUCACAGAAGAUUACCUCCUGUCCAAGCUGCCACCGGAUGGCAGAGAGGUGCCAUUUGUCCUGCCGACAUUCAAGGCAUCCUACGUCCAACCCAGAGGCUCCCGCUACCCCAAUUUACAGUCUGGGCCGCAGAGUUCAGCCCGGUGCACGUAUGCAGAGAGGAAGGCAGAGCUGCUGGGGUCCAGUCAAAUGUCCUACAGCCCAGAGUCCAGCUUCCAUCAGGUGCAGCUGGCCGAGUACUUUUCCCCUGGAUCGACCCGCCGUGACACACUGAAGAACAGAGUCUCCAGUCCCCAGAGUCCAGGUUGGUCUCUGAAACCGGGUGUCGAGCAGCGACUGAGCAGCUCCAUGUUUGAUCUGUCCAGCCCUCAGCUUCACAUGCAGCGCUUUGAUUCCGUCUCCAGCAUCCUCAGCAGUACAUCCUCCAGGAUUGGCUCCAUUGAAAGCAGCCUGGACUCCAUCACUCUGUCUGGGGACGAGCGUGAGCUGGGGAAAGUGUGCGUCCGACUGAGCUACCAGGAGGCUCUGGAGCAGGUGUGGAUCACUGUGGUUCAGUGUUCAGACCUCAACGUUGUUCCGGAAGGAGUGGAACAACAAAAGAUUGGAUUUAAAGGGAUCAUCACCAUUCCCAAACCGAUACAGUUCAAGAGCUCAGUCAAGGAGUACCGUCAGGAUAUGCCCUUCAUGGAGACCUUCGUGUUUGCGCUGCGUCUCCAGCAGUUGCGCUGCAGUGCUUUGGUGCUGCGGCUGCAGACACACAUCCCCAAGAAGCGUACGGUGGCAGAGUGCGUCCUCUCGCUAAGAGAGCUUGGUCCUCAGGAGACAGACCACUGGCUCGAGCUCAGCCCUCCGUCCAAAUCAUCUGUGUGCCACUCUGAGCUGCAUCUCACCACCUGCUUUCAGCCAGUCAACGGACGCAUCCAGCUCCAGGUCCUCGCCGCCCAAAACCUCCCACCAUCCUCUUCACCACUCACACAAGCAUUUUUCGUCAAAGUGGAGAUGCACCAGUCGGGGCGGGUGGUGAUGAAGAAGAAGACUCGCAUCCUGAAGGCCUCGGGGAGCCAGUGUAAGUGGGCGGAGACAUUUCACUUCCUGCUGAUUACGUUAGACGAUGCCUGCUCGCUGACAGUCAAACUCUACAGCCGCAGCUCAGUCAGGAGGAAACAGUGUCUCGGACAGGUUCAGCUGGGAUUCGACAGCCCUAUCCCAGAAGCAGUGGAGCAGUGGAAGGACUCGAUGGCUCACCCAGAGAAGGUGGUGUCUGCAUGGCACAGGCUGAGCGCUGUCUAAACCUCCUCUCAUAACGUCUACUGUACGUGCUACAGACGUGAUGUUUUCGUGCUGCAGGUCCAGCUGUGCCCGCUCGGUUUUCCAGUCGGCCGGCCACACUCUUGUACUGAGUCGACUCUGACGGACUGGACUGUAAACUACAGAACAUUCUCUGAACGCCCUGAAAGACCAGAUUUCCACUGUCCAGGUGCUCGGUUGUAAAUAGGGGUUUCGAACAAAGUGUAAUUGCUGGAAGAACUGUUUUCUGUGUUUUUUGAGUAGAUGAAACUAAGGUUUUUUUCUUGACCAAAAAGUAGAGCAUUUGCCAAACUGAGAGAAAGUUAGCUGCAGUGCAAUUAGCUGUAUAUAAUGCUAUAUUUUGUAUCAUGCUUUUUAGUGAAAACCUUGUCACUCUGUUUCCGUUGGAUAGAAAGUUUACAAGCAGAGAAAGUCACCAUUAAGACAGACUCACUAUGUUAAAAACUUCAUGUUAUCAGUCUGUAAUUAAGACUGGAGAUAUUCUACAUUUUUCUUAAUGUCAACAAACCCAUAAAAAGAUCAAAACUAACUCUAUUUUAGUCUUUUUCGAGGUACUUUCCGACUUUCCUGUCUUGGGCUUACAGGUUAAUCCCUUUGGUUCCUUACUAAAGAUGUAAAUCAUUUAUACUUGUGCAGUGGUGUGUCCGUAUCACUUUGCAAGUACAAGUACACAAAUCAGCUUCACUAUAACUCGCAGCAUUCACAGACAAAGCAUUUGUCUUUUGCUGGACACAUUUUCCCCACAAAUACAACAUGCUAACAUUAUUAGCAUUAGCCUAUGGCAUUUUACAUUGUAUAAAUAAGCUUAGCAGCUAGUGUUUUUUUCCUCUUCUCAUAUAAAACCAGGGGCUACAGCAACAUUUAACAAAGGUAACAUUACAAAAUUUGGCUCAAUUACAGCUCACACGGUUCACCAAUGGCAGCUAGCGGGCUUUUCCUCUACCACACCAAAACUACUUUAGAUGAGUGCAGCAAAAGUACUUUGUUAAGUUUCGGAAAAGAUCAUGGUUUGGAUUAAAAUGAGACUGACUUUUGGUUUCACACAGAACAUUAACAUCAAACUCCUGGGUAAAAGUCCUGUGUGUUUGACCUAUCCAUGCACCCUGACAUCUUUCCUACAGGAACUUCCUCUCUCUUUAUACUACGUCAUUACCGCCUAUGGGCUUACUUUGGAGUUAAUGUAAAGCCCAGUGCAUCUCAUACAAACGCUAAAGGGUGUCCUGCACAUCAAUAUUAGAUGCUAAGGGCUGUGACAAAGCGUAGGUAUUUGACAAUUUGGGAGUGAGAACAAGUUUCAUAAAUACAUAUCAGUAGUUUUACAUUUUUUUUAAAGGUUCUGUAGUUUUCAGCAAACAUUACUUAAACUCGCCACAAGUGAUUUUUUUUUCUUUUUUUGUGGUUAGGUUUGAUUCAUUGUUGGUUUUGGUCUUUUCAUGGUAUUUGUUGGCAAUAAGAGAAAUCACUCUGCUUAUCCUCUACGUCCCUAAAAGGUUUUCCCUUACCCUAAUUUAACUAUGUAGGAUGUCAUGUUACUGUACAAAACGGCAGUAUCAAACCUUAGCUGUACGCUUUUGAUAAAAGCACUUUAAUUUUUUGUAAUGUAUUUAUUGUAUUAAUGUUAAACUUUAGUGA